AUGUAUUAUGUAGUGCAAGUGAAUCUUGACGGAGAUUAUUCGAUUUCUGGUGGCGGACUUCAAGGUUCAUAUUUGACUGCUCAGUUCCAUUUUCACUGGGGAAGCACUCUUAAACAAGGAUCUGAACAUUUGGUCGACAGUACGGCAUACCCGGCAGAGAUACAUGUUGUCCAUUAUAGUGACAGGUUUACCAGUGUACCUGCAGCAGCCAACGAUCCAACAGGACUGGCCGUGCUUGGAGUUUUCAUUCAGGAAUCUAAUGAAGACAACUCGAAUUUUAACACCAUUAUCAGUGCUAUACAAGAUGUUCAACAAGCAGGAAAUCAAUCCGAAAUUCAAGUUUUUGACUUGAACUCUAUUUUACCAGAUGAUCUUACUAGAUUUUAUCGUUAUCCUGGUUCACUGACCACGCCGGAAUGCAACGAAGCUAUUGUGUGGACCGUGUUUAAAAAACCCAUCUCCCUAUCUAGUAGCCAGAUUGCGCGUUUCCGAACCCUACAAAAUGAAGCCGGCGAGCCUAUCAAGGACAAUUUUCGACCACCUCAGCAACUGAAUGGACGUAAAGUUGUUUUCUCCGACCCUGACUAUGACCCAUCACAUGGCAGUGUUCUUGUACCGUCUCUUCUUGUAUCCAUCUUCAGUUUCGUCAUGUUUACUUUUCUGAAAUAGAUAGUAUGGAAUAUAGUACAGUCGAUCUCUAUACAGUUAUUUCGAAUCAAUCAAGGAUAGUUAUAGGUUAAUAGGGGGACGAAUAUUUAAUGACCGAGGACACAAUUGGUCAAUGACGUCAUUUGUAACCGGGAAAUUGACUAUCUUUAACUAGUGUUACUUUGAUACUUGGUUGUUUGGGCCUCUAUCCUUUUUUUUUUUUUUGUAGAUAAUGUAACUACAUUUAUGCUGCACUUGAACACAAAUAAUGCCAUAUACGUUUUUAUUGGGUUUGUCACAUUUAACAUCUUAAAUGCCUAUGGUUUAUACAUUAGGCAUAUUUAAGCAAUUGCAGUAAUCAGAAAAAAAGCUCGUUUGAUAACAGGCAAGUUACACUUCGCCCUCUAUCGACAAAGCACAAUAAUGUAUCAAAAGGUUUAAUUAUUAGAUUGUGCGGCGAAUCUGAGCAGAAUUGCCGUAAGUAAACAUAAAUAAAUAUAAUAGAAUGCAUACCAUCAGGUAUUAAACCAAUAUGCUCUGCCCACAGUUAGUUAUAUUAGCAUUCGUUAAAGUCGCUCAUUUUGUACCAGACGUACAGAUUGUACAAAUGCUUAAGUUGUUGCAAAAAUAAUUAUCAGUGAUAGUAUAAUAGAGGAUUCUUUUUUGUGCAAAAUCAAAACAUGUUUCUUAUAAUUGAAUUGGUUUGAUAGUAAACAGUAGUAUCGUAUAUAAUUAUGAUAUUUUGUGACAGGGGGAUUUUAUGUACAUUUUGUAUUCUGUAUUACCAUACUAAAGAUAAAGGGUAUAGGCCUAAUUAUAAUUUUGAUACUUUUUGACAUAUUAAUAAAUGAUACUUUGUCAA